AUGUGGACACAAAAAUCUAUAUUGAUGAAUUUUGAUGAAAUAGAAUGUCUAACUAUUCAUAGUUAUGAUGAUGCCAUAAAAGAGAGAAAGGAAGAAAGAUCAAUGAAUGGUGUCCAGCUCAUUGGAAUAGAAGAAAGACAAUUGCAUUCAAUGCAGGACUAUUUGGAAGGAUUAAAGAUGAUUACUUCAAUUAAUAAAGAUUCAAUCUGUUCCAAAAGAAAUUAA